AGCAGAGGCCGGCACUACCCCUCGCUGGGCAGCAGCGCAGCCAGCCCGGGCACACACGCUUCACCUUCACUUCUUUGUGCAUUCAAUCGGCAAAGCCGCUCUCAAAGCCUCAACACCGCCUGCUCACGGACGCCCGUCCGCCCGUCAGCCCUCCGUUCCUCCCUCUCUCCUUUCCGGCCCUCAGCCGCGCCUCCCGCCCCCACAGCGGCUCCCGGCCUACACCGCGGCGCGGCUGCUUCCGGCGCCGGGUGAGCGGCGGAGAGCGCGCAGACAUGGCGGAACCUGCCCCGGCGGCCCCGGCCGCGACGGAGAGCGAAGGGAAACGAAAACGCAAGAACAAAAAGAAAGUGGUUGAAGCCGUUGAUGAAUCUGAACUUCUCACUGUGCCAGAUGGAUGGAAAGAGCCAGCCUUUACAAGAGAGGAUAAUCCUAGAGGGUUGCUGGAAGAAAGCAGUUUCGCAACGUUAUUCCCAAAGUACAGGGAAGCCUACAUAAAAGAGUGCUGGCCACUUGUCCAGAAAGCCUUGAAUGAACAUUAUGUGAGUGCAACGCUGGAUCUAAUUGAAGGAAGCAUGACUGUCACCACCACUAAGAACACCUUCGAUCCAUAUGUAAUCAUCAGGGCUAGAGAUUUAAUAAAACUCCUGGCAAGAAGUGUUCCAUUUGAACAGGCAGUUCGUAUCCUUCAGGAUGAUGUUGCCUGUGACAUCAUUAAAAUAGGUUCUCUGGUGAGGAAGAGAGACACUUUUAUAAAAAGAAGAGGACGGCUUCUUGGGCCAAAAGGGUCUACUCUGAAGGCCCUGGAACUGUUAACAAACUGUUACAUUAUGGUGCAAGGCAACACAGUUUCAGCGCUUGGACCCUUUAGUGGCCUAAAAGAGGUUAGAAAAGUUGUUCUGGACACGAUGAAGAAUAUACAUCCCAUAUAUAACAUUAAGACGUUGAUGAUCAAAAGGGAAUUAGCAAAAGAUCCCGAACUGAGGUCACAAAGUUGGGAAAGAUUUUUGCCGAAGUUCAAGCCGAAGAACUUGAAAAAACGUAAGGAGCCAAAGAAGAAAAACACUAAGAAGGAAUACACACCGUUCCCACCUCCACAGCCAGAAAGCCAGAUUGACAAAGAGUUGGCAAGUGGUGAAUACUUCUUGAAAGAAAGACAGAAGAAACGGAAGCAAGUGGCAGAGAUAAAGGCAAAGCAAGCUGAUGCAGUCAAGAAAAGACAAGAGGAAAGAAAUAAAGCUUUUAUUCCACCAAAGGAAAAGCCAGUUGUGAAAACAAAGAAAGCCUCCACUGAGAAGAAAAUUGAUAUUGAAGUCAUCAAGGAAAAGGUAAAGAUGGCAAAGAAGAAGAAAUUAGGAGCACUUCCUGUGGAAGAAGUCAAGUUAAAAAUGGCAGCAGAUGAAAAGAAAAAAAAGAAAAAGAAGUAAUUCACCACCAGAGAUACUCACUUUCCUCCUAUGUUAAUGGAAAUUUUCACACUUGGAAUAUCUGAGACUUCUUGCUGUCAGUAUAACCUGGACAAGGAAAGACUGGGACAAAUAUCGUUCUCUUUUCCUAAGUGCAGUUUCACCAGUGGACUGAAAGCAGCUGUGCAGAAUUAAUUGCGAAGACUAGUGACAAAAAUCUGCGCUGCUCUAUUGUUUGAGAAAGCAAGAAAGUGUAUUUGGAUAGUAUCCAUCUGCCUGAAGGGAAGGUGUUGUGGUGGAAACAUUUUGGAGUUUGAUGCAGGGUACAUUAAACGUUAGGGUCAGAGAAUUUGCUGGGAGUUUAAGGUAAUUUUUCUGUGAAAGACAACCAGACUAUACCCAGCCUCAGUUACGGCGAUCACUUGUGCAAAGCAGGCAAGGUCUAUUGCUAUAUUAUGCUUUUGUUUCUGUAAAAGCUGAUUAUUUUUGCGUGUUUUGUCUUGGUGGUAAUAAACUAUUUUAAUACUUUGUUCUUAAA